GCAGAGUAUAGAACAGUCAGAGAUUCACAACUCAUUUCCCCUUCAAAUUCAUCAUUUUCCAUCUGUAACUCAAAAAACCGUCAUCAAACCCUAAUCUGAUCUUCAUCUUCAUCUUUGUCGUGUUGUUUUGAUUAUUAGUUAUGAAUAGUAAUCCUGCUACGCCGAUGAAUCCACACGCGCCGUCGUCAAGCUCCGCCGGAGCCGGAUCACCGGAUUCAAACGCUCCGAGAAGAAAUUCGAAGCGACCUAAAUAUUCUAGGUUUACACAACAAGAACUUCCGGCUUGCAAGCCAAUUCUUACCCCAAAAUGGGUGAUUUCGGCAUUCAUGCUUGUGACAAUUGUCUUCAUACCUAUAGGAGUAGCUUCCCUUCUUGCUUCUCGUGAUGUAGUUGAAAUUAUUGACCGGUACGAUAAUGCCUGCCUACAAGGCACAAAAAGUCAAAAGGUUCAAUCUAUACAAGACCCAACAAGAAACAAAACCUGCGUCAGAAGAUUGACAGUCACAAAGAGAAUGAAGCAACCUAUUUAUGUCUACUAUCAGCUCGACAAUUACUAUCAGAAUCAUCGCAGGUAUGUCAAGAGCCGAAGUGAUCAGCAAUUGAGAAACCGUGGCGAUGAGAAUGAAACAAGUACGUGUAAGCCUGAACAUGAAGCAAAUGGGAUGUCAAUAGUGCCAUGUGGACUUGUGGCCUGGAGUUUGUUCAACGACACCUAUAGUUUGUCCACCGGUAACAACCGCACUUUAACGAUAAACAAAAGGGACAUUUCAUGGAAGAGUGACAGGGAUGAAAAGUUCGGCAGUGAUGUCUUUCCAAAGAAUUUCCAAAACGGUAGUCUUAUUGGUGGUGGGAGUCUCAAUGAGUCUAUCCCAUUAAACAAACAAGAAGAUCUUAUUGUUUGGAUGCGAACUGCGGCUCUCCCAACAUUUAGGAAACUGUAUGGGAAAAUUGAGCAGGAUAUUGAGGCAGGUGAAACAAUAAGUGUGGUAUUGGAGAACCGUUACAACACUUACAGUUUCAGUGGCAAGAAGAAACUUGUGCUUUCAACUUCUAGCUGGCUUGGUGGGAAAAAUAACUUUAUUGGCAUUGCUUAUCUGGCAGUUGGUGGCUUGUGCUUCUUACUAGCUACCACGUUCACUGUCAUAUAUUUUGUUAAGCCAAGGCAUCUUGGAGAUCCAAGUUAUUUGUCAUGGAACCGAAACCCAGGUGGUCACUGAUAUGUGAUUAUGCAAUUAUGAGGCGGGCUGAAAUUGCUCCUUUUGAUCGUGUAUGUAUUUGAUCCAAUUUACAUGUUGUGUAGAUUUAGUAAAAUUAUUUAUUUGUUGUUUAAUAUUUUAUAUCUUAUGCAUCGAGAUAAGACUUUUUUUUUUUUUUGUAUUUUGACCACAUAAUGACUGUUAUGUUUACACGUUUCAUGACUAUGCUAUGUGCUCGAAAAGAGAUGUAUUAAUGUUAUAACUUUACUGCUCACAA